CUGAUGUACUGCUGCGUUGUAUCCCGGAAAAUACCGUGAGACAUUUAGUAGAGGACUACUCACCAAAGCCCUACUUCAUUGUCUACUCAUUGGCAACUCUGCAGAAAGGCACCUAGAAUCAGGAUUGUAGCCGCACACUGAAGUUUAAGAACUGCAUCUGAAUCAUGGGGAACAUUUUUGGGAAUUUGCUGAAGAGCCUCAUAGGGAAGAAGGAGAUGAGGAUCUUGAUGGUGGGGCUCGAUGCUGCAGGAAAAACAACAAUCCUCUACAAGCUGAAACUGGGGGAAAUAGUCACCACAAUCCCAACAAUUGGGUUUAACGUGGAGACGGUGGAAUACAAGAACAUCAGCUUCACUGUGUGGGAUGUGGGUGGGCAGGACAAGAUCCGCCCCCUCUGGAGACACUACUUUCAAAACACGCAGGGUCUAAUCUUUGUGGUGGACAGUAAUGACAGAGAGCGUGUGAACGAAGCAAGAGAGGAGCUGAUGAGGAUGCUGGCUGAGGAUGAACUGAGAGAUGCAGUCCUCCUUGUGUUUGCCAAUAAACAGGACUUACCAAACGCCAUGAAUGCUGCAGAGAUCACAGACAAGUUGGGCUUACACUCCCUGCGUCACCGCAACUGGUACAUCCAGGCCACAUGCGCCACCAGCGGCGACGGCCUCUAUGAGGGUCUUGAUUGGCUGGCCAAUCAACUCAAGAACAAGAAAUAAGGAGAAAACUGGAAAAAGCCGCCAGCACCCACACCCGACCAACUUUUGAUUUGUUUUGCAAGUUAGGUACAAGGGUUUUGAUUGAUAGGUGAAAAGCAUGAUUCUGGGUUUGGGGAGACUUUAGGCUUGAAUUUUCUGUCUGUUGAGGUUCUAAUAGUUUUCAAUGCUUAUUGAAAACAGAUUGUUAUGUACUUCAUAUUUAACCAAUCACACACACACACACACACACGCACAAAUGCACCCUAACCGUAAGCAAUCACAGCAGACACUUUCCUGUGUCCACCUCUUGUCCUUAGGUGCAAUGUACUGUAUGUUAGUCUAUAGGUGCUGUACCAAGUCAUGUGUGACUCCACUGACUCAGCAACGAGUCAAGUGGGACUUUUUGUUGAUGUACAUCUUUUAACUGUCAUUCGUCCAUGCAAAGAACUGUUCUGUGUCAGUUGCACUUCCUGUUUUGUUUAGUUUUUCUUUCCCGCGGCCAUGUUUGAGAACAAUCACAGCUAGCCGAUUCAUGUCACUAUAAUUCACUUUAAUGGUUUGCUCUCCCUUUUAAUUUGUGAGCAAUGCUGAGGCACUUUGAUACUCAGAUAAAGUGUAUGUGUGUGUGUGUGUGUGUGUGUGUUUGUGCGAGCAGCCCAGUUGCUAUUAAUCCUGAACAACUCAAAAGGACUGGAGUUUCCUCUGUCACACGUCCUCUUACUGCCUCAUUUUGGAAAUCUUUUUGAUAUCUGUGGCGUGUUUCUACUACCCCCCCCACCCCCCCACCCCCCCCAUGUGGCAACCUGAAGCGCCCAAGCCGCCCUUUUUAAAUAUUUUAAAACGCACAACACGUUCUCGGCAGCCUGGUCUGCAUGCAUCCUGGUAGAUCUUGCUCACAUUGUUACAAACUGCAUGGACGUUGACGCUGUUUGUAGGUUUUCUCUAACUGCCCUCAUCGUGUUCUGGUGAUGUUUACAGUAGGACGUAGAAACUAACAGAAAUGGUUUCUGCAUGUAGUCGUCAACAUGCGCUAAAUUCAGUAUAAUCAGCUUUAUGGUCUUUUAAAGUGAAAGCAGUAUAUAGGUUAACCUGCACAGCUGCUGCCUUCAGGUGUGUACAUAUGAGUACUCAAACUGCAUCAGGUUGCUCUCGCUUUUGUGUGUUUUUGUGUCAGAGUUGCAUAUUGGGGUUUGGGUGUAUGACUCUGUUGAUAACUCUGUGUUGCUGAAUGUGAAUAUUGUUGAUGAAUCUAUAUAUGGCUGUGAUGAUAUUUAUUUGACAAGCAUAUUCCAGUGGUGCGUCGACAUAAUUAUGUGAAAGGAAGCAGGGUAAGCAGAUCAAUUCAUUCAUCAGCACAUCCACGACUCACUUCUGAACAGAGUAACUGCAUCAUCACUGAUACCAGCAGAAUCCACAUACUUACUGUCAAUAAAACUAUUUCUCUGUGCCAUACAUGGGUACUACUACUCGUGGAAAAUACUGUAAAUUCACUCCAGCAAGUUGUAAGUGCAUUGUUCAUAUCUUUCCCAUGUUAAAUCAUGAGUUUGAUCGUUUGGGUUUUGUGGCCUUAUAUUUAGUGAUGACUUUGAAUUGAUUUCCUCUCAGCUUGUUUGGUUCUGAUUUUGAGUCACAUAUAUUUAUCUAUAAAGAAUGAUUUCCAGAUGUAUUGGGUCUAUUCCCUCAAAAGGCAGGUUUUGCACCACAGUUCAUGCAAAAGUUUUGUCCUUGUGUUUGCCAGUAUACUUCCAUGUGGUUGUAGAGUUCUUUGGUUUUCUUUGGGGUGUAAAGAAACUUUGAUGUAGACUGUGUCUGUUAAACAAUGAUAAUCCGUGCAAACAAACCCUUGGUCAUUCAUUCUGUACCGUUAUAGUUACACAAGUAGACGGUCUUCAAAACGGUGAAGACCAUGUUUCAAUGCUGCACGCUUGGAAACAUCUGUAUGUGAUGUAAGACAACAAACAAAAUCCUUCUGUGUUACAAAUAAACCCAUUUUCUUUAUGACA